AGCUUUGAUCUGACGCACUACCUAUUCGUCAGUGGAAGUUACUAUCUUGGCAUUGGUUGUCAGUGCUGAGACUAGUGGUAUUGUUAGCGUUGAGUAAGUCAGUCCCGAAAUAAUGAACAAAAAAGGUAGUAAGAUGGAUGUAGAAAUAGCACCCUUACGAAGUCUAGGCGAUUUUAUGCUGGAGUCGGCGAGAUUUCAAAUCCCAAACUUUCGUGAUCUUGACAAAUGGGAAAAAAGAGUUGUAAACAAUCUUUUGUAUUACCAGACAAAUUAUUUCUUACUGGGCAUAGUAAUUUUCGCGAUCGUGGGUGUUAUUCAUCCAGUGGAUUUGUUUCUGGGAUUUCUGUCAACAUUUGGUGCAUUUUGCCUUUUUUACUAUUUCAUUAACUCUUCAGCAUCAACCAGAGCAUUUAAGAAGAACUACCCAGUUUUUGGACUAAUACUUAUAUUAGUUGCCAUUCACUUUGCUGUUUAUUUGCUGGGAUCCAUGUUAGUUUUUCUGAUGGGUAUAUUGCUUCCUGUUGCAGUAACAUUUGUGCAUGCAUCUAUGAGACUUCGAAACAUGAAGAAUAAACUUGUUAAUACGAUGGAGGCAAUAUGUUUGAAGAGAACACCAAUGGGUGUUUUUCUGGAAUCCAUUGGUAAAAUUAAAUAUAUUAAAGAAGAAGCUCACAAGAUACAGGAAAUAUUUCCAGACAAACACCAGAAAUCGCCUUUACCAAAUUAAUUUUAUUGUUGGGGAGAAAAUAUAUUUUGUGUGUAAGUUCAGCAGUGUACAUGUGUUGCAGUGAUCUAGUGUACAAUUCAAUCAGUUUGAAAGAAAUAUGUAAAAGUGCAGCUGUGCAUCUUGCACUUCAGUUUUAUAAGACUAUGAAGAUGAAGAGAAGUUACCAAUUGCUGAAUGCUAUAUCUUUAACAACGAGGGAAUAAAAAAAAAGAUCUUGUAUUCCUUAGAACCUUCAUAUUGCAUACUCCCAACUUUGAUAAGACAAAUUACUCUUAGCAUAUCAGAAAAUAAGUGAUUUGGUUUCGCUCAGAAGACUAUAUGUGUAUCAUAAAAAUCCACUUUUAGGCACAGAUGAAACUGAAAAGAAAAGGAGAUGCUGUAUUUUCAUAUUCAUGUUUAGUGAAGUGACAAAAUAUAUGCUAUUUUUCUUGAUAUAGAAUUGAAAGCUAUUGUGAACUAUAAUAAUAAGAUAAAAUGGACAAAAAUGAUUGUGUCAUUGGGCUUUCAAUUUAACUUUGAAUAACUGUUCAUACUAUAUGUGAACAGUACUACAAAACUGUGAUACAAUGUUGACUAUAAUAUUAAAAUGAAAUUUAAAAUUC